AUGUCAACCGAACCGCCAAGUCGAACAUCGACUCCUCGAUCAUUCACAGGCCAGUCAGCCUCAGCGGAGGACUUACUCAAAUCACAAACAGUCGGCCUAGUCCAUCUUUCGGAAUUUCGCAAACGGCGAGCAGAGGUUCUUGAACAAAAAGAGCGCGAAGCGCAUGACAAGUCGUUGGGACGAUUCACACCGGGCACUUCGAGAACAGGAACUCCCUCUCAAGGCGAUCCGACAGACGGUGCGCUGACAGCCAACCCCGUUUCCUCGGACGGUCGACCAAAGAAGAAGAAAAAGGCACUAGCGAAGAGCAAGCUGUCUUUCGGAGACGAUGAUGAUACAAACGAUACUGGAGAAGACUCCAGUGCAGCGACGCCACAGCCAACUACCAAGAAGCGGUUAGAAGGCAGUGCUGCUAUACCAUCGCGCAAGAUCACCGCCAACCCCAAUGCUCCUCCCCCGCCAAAGACACUUACGAAAGCCGCGCUUGAGGCUGAGGCGCAAGCGCGUGAUGCAUUACGAAAAGAGUUUCUGGCUAUGCAAGAGAAGAUCAAAGCUACGGAGAUUAUAAUACCUUUUGUUUUCUACGACGGAACAAACAUCCCCGCAGGGCAGGUGAAAGUCAAGAAAGGCGAUCACAUUUGGCUAUUCCUUGACCGAUGUAGGAAAGUUGGUGCCGAGCUGGGGGUAGCAGGUGCUCAAAAAAGUAGUCGUGCGAAACGUGAUAACCGUCGAGAAUGGGCUAGAGUCGGUGUGGACGAUCUCAUGCUUGUGCGAGGGGAUAUCAUUGUACCUCAUCACUAUGAGUUCUACUACUUUAUAGCCAACAAAGUACCCAGUUUUGGCAAGACUGGAGGGUUAUUGUUCGAUUUCUCAGCGAAUGUACCUCCCGAGAAAGAGGAUGAACCGGUCUCACAACCAAGUGAUGAAGAGCUCGAGGGCGCCAACACCGAUCCAACAUUAACGAAGGUUGUGGAUCGACGAUGGUAUGAGAAGAAUAAGCACAUAUUUCCAGCCAGUUUAUGGCGCGAAUACGAGCCCGGCGAGGAGUUUCUGGAGAAGAUGAAGUCUACCAGAAGAGAUGCUCAGGGCAACGCAUUCUUCUUUUAA